AUCAAAGCAUUUUGAGGUACGCUCAUUUUGAGUUCUCACAGUCGAUUCUUUGGCAAUUAUUUGCAGUAUCUAUUUCCGCAAUGGCUACUAAAAGUCUCAGGAGUUUACUUCGGAACAAUCCGUUUCUCCAAGCUGUCAAACGCGAACAUCCCACCGCGAUACCCCGCAAUUUCAACAUGUCCACUCUUGCAACUUUCUCCAUCCCAAAGAUCUCAAACGAGCCAAACCACCAUUAUGCGAAAGGCUCGACCCAGCGUGAGGGUCUCACGGCCGCCCUUGACAGCUUCCAGAAAGGGACGCCUAUCGAAGUCCCAAUUGUGGUUGGAGGUAAAGAGAUCAAAACUUCGACAAUUUCAACCCAACAAAACCCUUCUAACCACUCCUCCACCGUCGCCUCCUACUCAAACGCCUCCCCAUCUGAUGUAUCUGCUGCCAUCGAUGCUGCAUUGGCAGCAAAGCCAGCAUGGGAAUCUCUACCCUUUUCGGACAGAGCUGCCAUCUUCUUGAAGGCUGCGGAUUUGAUUGCUGGGAAAUACAGAUAUGAGAUAAUGGCUGCGACAAUGCUUGGGCAAGGCAAGAAUGCGUGGCAGGCAGAAAUCGAUUCGGCUGCGGAACUGGUCGACUUCUUGAGAUUCAACGUGCAAUUUGCGGAGGAACUGUAUGCACAACAGCCAGCACAUAACUCACCAGGUGUAUGGAACAGAGUGGAAUACCGGCCACUGGAAGGCUUUGUCUACGCGGUCACCCCGUUCAACUUCACAGCUAUUGCUGGUAAUCUGCCUGGUGCACCAGCGCUGAUGGGCAACGUCGUGGUAUGGAAGCCCUCAGAUUCGGCAAUUGCUUCGAAUUGGCUGCUGUACAACAUUCUUCUUGAAGCUGGUCUUCCAAAGAACGUUAUUCAGUUCGUGCCCGGAAACCCAGAAGAAGUCACAAAAGUUGUGCUUGCACACAAGAAGCUCGCGUGUCUUCACUACACCGGUAGUACCGCCGUCUUCAGGAAGUUGUACGGAUCUAUCGCCAAUGGUGUUGCGGAGGGCAGAUAUCAAGGUUACCCAAGAAUCGUCGGUGAGACGGGAGGAAAGAACUUCCAUCUCAUCCACCCCUCGGCAGAUAUCGAGAAUGCAGCAGUACAGACGGUGCGUGGCGCUUUCGAGUAUCAAGGACAGAAGUGUAGUGCAACAUCCAGAGUAUACGUCCCUAAGUCUGUCUGGCCUCAAUUUAAAGAAAAACUUGUCUCAGAGACAUCUGCGCUUUCUAUUGGAGUACCGACAGAUCAUAAGAACUUUAUUGGACCCGUCAUUCAUGCUGGAUCCUUCAAGAAGCUUUCAGGAGUCAUUGACGCUGCGAAAAAUGACAAGGACCUUGAAUUGCUCGUAGGAGGCAAAUAUGACGACUCGACUGGCUAUUUCAUUCACCCUACAAUUUACACUACUACCAACCCGAACCACCACCUUCUUUCGGCAGAACUAUUCGGCCCAAUUCUGACGGUAUACAUCUACGAUGAUACCACAUCCCCCGUUGAGGCAUUUAAAUCUGCCUGCGAGCUUGUUGAUAGCACAUCAGAAUAUGGUCUUACUGGAUCCAUUUUCGCCUCUGACAGAGCUGCUGUCCGCUAUGCCGAGGAUGCUCUAAGGAACUCUGCAGGAAACUUCUAUAUCAACUGCAAGAGCACGGGAGCUGUUGUUGGCCAACAGCCAUUUGGUGGUGCUAGAGCCAGUGGAACAAACGACAAAGCCGGAAGCCAGACAUUUUUGACGAGAUUUGUGAGCAUGAGGAGUAUCAAGGAAGAGUUCAACCCGACUCUCAAGGUUGCAUACCCGAGUAAUGAGGUUUAGAUUAUGAUUAUUAUUAUGCGAUUUGACAUGUACCUAAGGGGGCGUUACGACUACACAUUGAAAAGUGCAAAUACAGGAGUGCAAAUAAUAAAAGUAUAUUAAGGUUUCCUGACAUCAAAACAUUCUUUACUUAUUCAUAUUACCAGUUGUAAUGGCAUUUGUAAUGGCAGUUGUUGUAGACCGAAACCAAGUUUGAAUAAACAAUUUAGCCGACGAAACAAAAAUAAACAAACAUAUCUACCAG